UCAGCUGUCAUCAACACACUUACCAGCAGCUGUGGAGGGAGGUCAGAGAUGAAGAUUCAACUAAGCUACCAAAAAGUAAACACAAUGAAAAAGGGCCAAAUGCGACUCUGGUUUUUCAUAUAUCUGCAGUGUUUCCUUCCUGGCAAUUUAGUUGACUCUUCGGCUCUGCCCUCUGGCGCCCAGCCAGUUCCCGUCAUAUCCAUGGCGGGUAGUGAGGUGGUCCUUCCCUGCAGCUGGAAGGACACCCAGGCAAAGACGAACCCGUCCGCCUGCCACGUCCAGUGGAUGUCUCCUCCACACACCGUAUUUGAACAGCUUGGAGAAGACAAGUGGCAGGCGGCAGAGUUUGAGGGCCGUGUCGAGGUUCCUCAGGAGAACCUCCUUUCUGGGGAUUGUUCCCUGAUCAUCCGGGAUGUUCAGAUUCGAGACACGGGGAAAUAUGAGAGCUUCAUAUUGGUGGAUGGAGCGAAGGCCAGAAAUAGCCGGGUCUUCGUUCAGAGUGUCAAAUUAUCUGUAACUGACCACAAAACCCGGGAGCUUCGAAUGCCAGGUGAAGACCUGGUUUUGAAGCUCUACACCUCCCACUCAUAUGCAGUGGUCUUCCAGAGCAGGAACAGUUCAGAGUGGGUGAACUUGUGGAAGAGGGGUGAUGAAAACACCGAACGCCUGGAAAAGCAUCCACAGCUGGAGCAGUUAACGAUAAAGAAUCUACAAAGCUCAGAUGACGGAUUAUACAAAGUUUUGGAUGAAAACGACCUCUGUGUCAGCACAGUGCAGCUCAUGAUAGAAGAGAAAGGGUACUCUUUCAGGGUCAAUAAAAAGCAGGAAAAUAUUCCAACAGAUGCUACAGGUAAAAGGAGCUACUCAGCUCUUCUCCUCUUGUCUGCUCUGCUCUCAUGUCUCCACGUUUUUCAUCUUCACUGAGACAUUUGUUUUCUGCAGAGUAACUUUCUGAACAACUACAGAACAUGCAGAGUUUUGCACUUUAUGCUCAACAGACAGAGUUGCUUUGGACAUAAACAAGUCUUGUGUGUUGAAUGGAUGCGUUCAAGCAUAAUUUCAUUAGGAACGUUUGCAGCUGUAUCAACAGGCCUUGCUCUCCUGGCUAUGAUUGUAGUCCCCAAAGGUGACAGUGGGGUUGUUCCGGUUCUGAUGCCCAACAAUUAAAAGGUGUUUCUGUGUUUUAAAAAAAAGUUUAUUUACUAAUGCGUAGCAGAUUCUUACCUUUGGAGGGUGAUGCAGACCACGAUUCUAUUAAUAAAUACCUUAUGAAAUAGUUUUUUAUAUGUCAUUAAUUUACUAAAACUAGAAAUACAUAAUGCAUAACUAAUUAUAUGGACCUCUGUUGAAUUUAUUUUUUUAAAUAUAAUUUCAUGAUUUCAUAAAUUGAUUCAUGUUCCUGCACUGAAUCACACCAUGAUUUCAUUAAUUUAAUGUAACACAUCCAUCAAAGUCAAGAAGGCGGGACUAGGGCCGCUCGCAUAGAAACCCUGACGUCUGAUUGGCUGCUUCUAACUGCAAGAUAAAACUUUUUCAAUAUUAUCACUGGAUUAGGCGGUAGGAACUUCAAAAAGGCGUUGCAAUUCUUUAAAACACAAUAAAUAAGCAAAUCCAGCCUCCAAAUCCUUAGUUUGGUUUAAGUUAUAUCUAACUUGCUUAUGAAAGAGCCUUAUGUGGU